UCUCGGUGUCUUUCGCCCUUCCCUCGUCACACCGCCUCUCCCAUCCUCCCAAUCUCACCGGUGACGCUCUCUGUCUCAAGGGUUGCCGGAGCCCUCCGCCUCUGGCCGGGGACUCGACCUCUCAACCCCUGGUUCUUCGAUCGGAGAUCGGAGGAGAGGAAAGUUGGCUCGCGAUGGCGGACGACUACGCCAUGAUGGAGAACGACGAGGACGAUGAGAUCACCCAGGAGGACGCCUGGGCGGUCAUCAGCGCCUACUUCGAGGAGAAGGGCCUCGUGCGCCAGCAACUUGACUCCUUCGACGAGUUUAUCCAGAACACUAUGCAGGAAAUCGUCGACGAGUCCGCUGAUAUCGAGAUCCGUCCAGAGUCUCAGCACAACCCCGGCCGGCAGUCCGAUUUCGUUGAGACUAUUUACAAGAUAAGCUUUGGUCAAAUAUAUUUGAGUAGGCCAAUGAUGACUGAAUCAGAUGGUGAAACUGCGACAUUAUUCCCCAAGGCUGCGAGGUUGAGGAACUUGACUUAUUCGGCUCCACUGUAUGUUGAUGUCACUAAAAGGAUCAUAAAAAAGGGACAUGAUUGUGAAGAAGUUGCAGAGACUCAAGAUUUUGCAAAAGUUUUUAUUGGAAAGGUUCCUAUAAUGCUCCGUUCCAGUUAUUGCACUUUAUAUCAAAAUUCGGAGAAGGAUUUAACAGAGCUUGGGGAGUGUCCUUAUGAUCAGGGAGGAUAUUUCAUCAUCAACGGAAGUGAGAAGGUGUUAAUUGCACAGGAAAAGAUGAGCACAAAUCAUGUAUAUGUAUUUAAAAAGAGGCAGCCCAACAAGUAUGCCUAUGUAGCUGAAGUUCGGUCUAUGGCUGAGAAUCAGAACAGACCAGCAAGCAGCAUGUUUGUGCGUAUGCUUUCUCGUACUAGUGCAAAAGGGGGUUCAUCAGGUCAAUACAUUCGAGCUACUCUUCCAUAUAUCCGGGCUGAUAUUCCAAUAAUAAUCAUCUUCCGAGCAUUGGGGUUUGUAGCUGACAAAGAUAUACUGGAACAUAUAUGCUAUGACUUUUCUGAUACUCAAAUGAUGGAAUUGUUGAGACCAUCCCUGGAAGAAGCAUUCGUUAUACAGAAUCAGCAGGUGGCAUUGGACUAUAUAGGCAAAAGAGGAGCAACUGUUGGUGUCACUAGGGAGAAGAGAAUCAAGUACGCGAAAGAAAUUCUUCAAAAAGAAAUGUUGCCUCAUGUUGGUGUUGGUGAAUACUGCGAAACCAAAAAAGCUUAUUAUUUUGGAUAUAUCAUUCAUCGUCUGUUGCUGUGUGCUAUUGGACGAAGACCUGAAGAUGAUAGGGAUCACUAUGGCAACAAAAGGCUGGAUCUUGCUGGUCCUCUACUUGGUGGCUUGUUCCGAAUGCUGUUUAGAAAAUUGACAAGGGAUGUGAGAUCCUAUGUUCAAAAGUGCGUUGACAAUGGAAAGGAUGUAAACCUUCAAUUUGCAAUCAAAGCUAAGACUAUCACUAGUGGUCUGAAGUACUCUCUCGCAACUGGUAAUUGGGGACAAGCAAAUCAAGCUGGUACUAGGGCAGGGGUUUCACAGGUGUUGAAUCGACUGACAUAUGCAUCUACACUCUCCCACUUGCGAAGACUAAACUCUCCCAUAGGUCGUGAAGGAAAAUUAGCAAAGCCUCGUCAGUUGCAUAAUUCUCACUGGGGCAUGAUGUGUCCUGCUGAAACACCUGAAGGACAGGCUUGUGGCUUGGUUAAGAAUUUAGCGCUCAUGGUGUACAUUACAGUAGGAUCCGCUGCACAUCCAAUUUUGGAGUUUUUAGAAGAAUGGAGUACUGAAAACUUUGAGGAAAUAUCUCCUGCUGUUAUUCCACAGUCGACUAAAAUUUUUGUCAAUGGCUGCUGGGUUGGGAUUCAUCGAAACCCAGACCUCUUGGUCAAGACCUUAAGACAAUUGAGGAGACAGAUUGAUGUCAACACUGAAGUGGGAGUUAUACGCGAUAUUCGUCUCAAGGAAUUACGGCUUUACACAGACUAUGGUCGCUGUAGUCGUCCACUAUUUAUUGUUGAAAAGCAAAGGCUGCUGAUAAAGAAAAAGGAUAUUCGAGCAUUACAACAAAGGGAAACUCCGGAAGAGGGUUGGCAUGACCUUGUUUCUAAGGGAUUCAUAGAGUAUAUAGAUACCGAGGAAGAAGAAACUACAAUGAUUUCAAUGACAAUUAAUGAUCUUGUGAAUGCAAGGCAGAACCCAGAGGAAGCGUAUUCUGAAACUUACACUCAUUGUGAGAUCCACCCAUCAUUAAUAUUGGGUGUUUGUGCAUCUAUUAUUCCAUUUCCUGACCACAACCAGUCACCUCGUAAUACAUAUCAAUCAGCUAUGGGUAAACAAGCAAUGGGAAUUUAUGUGACAAACUAUCAGUUACGGAUGGAUACGUUAGCUUAUGUUCUAUACUAUCCGCAGAAGCCCCUUGUUACUACUCGUGCUAUGGAGCAUUUGCACUUUAGACAACUUCCAGCAGGCAUUAAUGCUAUUGUUGCAAUUGCUUGCUAUUCUGGGUAUAACCAAGAAGACUCUGUUAUUAUGAACCAAUCUUCAAUAGAUCGUGGAUUCUUUCGAUCAUUGUUUUUCCGUUCUUACAGGGAUGAGGAAAAGAAAAUGGGAACUCUUGUUAAAGAGGAUUUUGGGCGUCCAAACAGGGAAAACACCAUGGGCAUGCGUCAUGGGUCAUACGAAAAACUGGACGAUGAUGGUCUUGCACCUCCUGGUACAAGAGUCUCUGGUGAAGAUGUUAUAAUAGGAAAGACGAGUCCAAUUCCUCAAGAUGAUGCCCAAGGACAAGCUUCAAGAUACACGCGCCGUGAUCAUAGUACUAGUUUGCGUCAUAGUGAAAGCGGGAUGGUGGAUCAGGUUUUAUUGACUACAAAUGCUGAUGGUUUGAGGUUUGUGAAAGUGAGGAUGCGAUCUGUUCGGAUACCUCAAAUCGGUGAUAAGUUUAGUAGCAGACAUGGUCAGAAGGGAACAGUUGGUAUGACAUACACACAGGAGGAUAUGCCGUGGACAGUGGAAGGCAUUACACCUGAUAUUAUUGUAAAUCCACAUGCCAUACCUUCUCGAAUGACCAUCGGUCAGCUAAUUGAGUGCAUCAUGGGAAAGGUUGCUGCUCACAUGGGAAAGGAGGGUGAUGCUACCCCUUUUACUGAUGUCACUGUUGACAACAUCAGCAAGGCUCUUCAUAAGUGUGGUUAUCAGAUGCGUGGUUUUGAAACAAUGUACAAUGGUCAUACUGGACGGAAGUUAACUGCUAUGAUAUUUCUUGGUCCUACAUAUUAUCAGAGACUGAAGCACAUGGUCGAUGAUAAGAUCCAUUCUCGAGGGCGUGGUCCUGUGCAGAUACUUACCAGACAGCCUGCAGAAGGACGCUCUCGAGAUGGUGGUCUUCGGUUUGGUGAGAUGGAGCGAGACUGCAUGAUUGCACAUGGUGCUGCACACUUCUUGAAGGAACGGCUGUUUGAUCAAAGUGAUGCUUACAGGGUUCAUGUGUGUGAGAAAUGUGGACUAAUAGCUAUUGCCAAUCUUAAGAAGAAUUCUUUCGAGUGCAGAGGUUGCAAGAACAAAACUGACAUUGUUCAAGUGCAUAUACCUUAUGCAUGUAAGCUGCUAUUCCAAGAACUUAUGGCUAUGGCCAUUGCUCCUAGAAUGUUGACCAAGGAACCGAAUCCAACCAAAGAUCAAAAGAAGAAAUGAUGAUCAACUGUGCUCUCAUCCAUGCAAGUUUUCAGCUUUUAGAGAAUACCCUGCCCCUGGAUCAAGGAACUGCAAAACAUUUGCAUGUUUUGUAAUCUUGGGCUCCGAAUUAUGUGCGAGACACCCAAACCGCAGUUUAGUCCAACUAUUGAGGCUAUGAGCACAAGUACUUAGUUGGAUCAGUCUUUUGUCAUAGACCUCGGAGGAGAACGGAGCAGUAUUUUCCUCUGUUGGAGUACUAGUUGAAGGCUAUAGUUAGAAAAAGGAAGCUUGAUGCAGAAACAAUGGUGCUUGUUCCGUUCUAGUUAUAUGUUUUUACAAAUCUAUCAGACAUUAAUAGUUGUGCUACACUGCUAACCAUGUGAAUGUCUUGUCCAAGUUGACUGUGGUUCUAUCUGGAACAUCACAAGGGACACCUGAAUUGUGUAAUAGUACUAAAAAAGUUGGCAUUAAUAUCACGAUGAUCGUAUGUCACUGUUGCCAAAAUA